AUGGCUACUUCAGAUGAGGCCGCCAACGCCUCACUCCAAUCCGGGGGCGGUUCUGUCCCUGCCCAACGAACAGUCAAAGCUCUCAGUAGCACCUCGCUCGCCUAUCUAAAGCGCCUUUUCGAGUCUCACGCCACUCCAGAGGGAAAAUGGACGAGUGACCAGGUCAGAGUCUUUUCGCAAAAAACCCAGGGCAAUGCCACGAUGGCUGCGGCUUCGGAUGAGCUGCUCAAUGUCCCUGAUGUCGAUCUCAAUGCCUUCCUUGCCUAUAUGACUUCUUCAAAGAGCGAUGCCAUCUUGCCGAUUAAGAAUGAGGACUUUUCAUGGCCGCUGGCCAGCUAUUACAUCAGCUCUAGCCACAAUACAUAUUUGACAGGCAACCAGCUGUCGAGUGAUAGUACCACCGGAGCUUACACCAACGUCUUGCUGAGAGGAUGUCGCUGCGUCGAAAUCGACGUCUGGGAUGGCGAUGAGAGCGACGCAGAGACAUCGUCAUCAGAGAGCGAGACGAGCGAUGAUGAAGCAGCGGCAAAAAAAGCAGCGCGCAAAAAGCAGAAGAAGGAGAACAAGGACAAGGCAAAGUCUAGCUGGGGUGAUCAGCUGAAAAAUAAGAUGGAGAAGAUCAAUAUCAGCAAGAAAAUCGAAAAGAUGGAAGAAAAGGCAACUGAAAAGGUGGCAGAAUUAGAAGAGGCUGUUUCGAGAAAGUCGGAUUCCCCUUCCACGGCUGAGCCGAGAGUGCUCCACGGUCACACACUCACAAAGGACGUUUCCUUCAGAGAUGUUUGUGUUGCUAUUCGAGAAAGCGCAUUCGUGGUCUCCGAAAUGCCACUGAUUGUGAGCCUGGAAGUGCACUGCAGUCCCAAGCAGCAGAUUGCCAUGGUGGACAUCAUGAAAGAGGUCUGGGAUGGUCUGCUAGUAACCAGCCCAGAAUCUGAUAUCGAAGCGCUGCCUAGUCCCCACGACCUGAGACGCAAGAUUCUCAUCAAGACCAAGCACGUCCCGGCUGGUACGCCUCUUGAUAAAGUCGACACCAUACGGAGCGAACAGGUUGUGCCUACCGGUGCACAGUCAAAGCCCGCCAAGACGAUCCAAGAGCUCGCUCGCCUUGCAGUCUACACUCAGGGAGUGACAUUCAAGAAUUGGACGCAGCCAGAAGCCACGAUGCCCACGCACAUGUUCUCAAUAUCAGAGAAAAAGUUCAUUGAGUACCAUGAGAAACAGUGGGAGGCCCUCUUCAACCACAACAAACGAUACUUCUUGAGGGCUUACCCAGCAGGAUUCCGAAUUGGAUCUUCCAACUUGAACCCAUCCAUUUUCUGGGGUGGUGGUGCCCAGAUUAUUGCAUUGAAUUGGCAAGAAACUGACGAAGGCAUGAUGUUAAACGAAGGAAUGUUUGUAGGAACAAGCGGCUACGUUUUAAAGCCAGAAGGAUACCGCCCCGCCCUCACAUCCAAGGAAAACGACGCCUCCAAAUCCACUACCAUCACUCGCACGCCCGUCUCCCUUGCCUUCACCUUCUUUUCCGCCCAAAAUAUUCCCCUCCCACCAAGCGAAAAAUCUGCCAAGGGUUUCAAGCCGUACGUCAAAGUCGAGCUCCACGUAGAAGGCUCCAAGAAUAGCUACGCAGAGAGUGAUGGGUACGUCCAUGGAAGCGAGUACAAGGUCCGCACCAAGACAUACAAGGGCUGCGACGUUGAUCUCGGCGCGGAGAAACUUGAGUUCAAGGGUGUUCCUGGGGUGGUCGAAGAGCUUACGUUUGUGAGAUUUACGAUUAGAGAUGAUGAGAUUGGCCGAGAUGAACUAGCGGCGUGGGCAUGUGUGCGCCUUGAUCGUCUCGGCCAGGGGUAUAGAUUUGUGCAUUUGAGGAAUACAAAGGGAGCGGCAACAGACGGAGCAUUACUUGUCAAGAUAGAAAGACUAGUAUAG